AUUCAAAAUGACUGAACUGAACGAGAAUGGUCAUGAACCAUCGUGAGAGAAUGAUACCUCAACUUCACCUGUUUUAAGGAGGUCCGAGCAUAACAUUAAGAAACCUGUCAGGCUUGAUUUGUGAAAACGCAAAUAUUUACAUUUUUUUUUGCAGAUUGACAGGUGUUUUUUUUUUAAAAAAAAGGAAAAGUUGUUCAUAAUAAAGAAAUUGUUUACGCUAACUAAAAAAAAGAAAGAUAAAAAUAAUAUUUGCAUGUUUGCAUAUGUGUGGAACUGUAUUUUUUUUGUAAAGAUAAGGGGAAUGUCUUGACAUGUGAUUGUAAUACAUAUAGCCAACAGAGGGCGCAGUAGGUUUAGAGUUGAUAGCAUAUGACAAGGCUUCAGGUAAAGACAGUUGACGGAGAUCACCAUUCGUGCUGGCAACAAUAAAGUUGAGCUCAGGCUCAUUUGUUCACGAAAUGAUGCCUCAUCAUAUUAAGAUGAACAACACACGUUGUAUUUUGGUCCGGGUGGCACGGUAUCAACUGUUUGGAACGUCUGCCACGCAGUGCACAUGUCAUGGGUCCGAUUCCGGGCCCAUGACACACUUUACUGUUAGGCUUCGUGGAAAAAGAGCACAGGACCCACACCCAGACACAAUGAACUCAGAAGGAUUUAUUUAGCUAGGAGUGGGAUAGGUCAAGGUGGCAGGAAUCGAAUAGCAGAACAAAACGACCAAUUCAAGAAGAGCAGGGCGCAGGCGCGUAACGGCUGGGUAGAAGCGAGUGCGGCAGGAAGGAGUCGCUGACGAACUGGCGGCUGUUCAGGCUGGCUUUUAUGCUGCAAGUGGCUGAUGAGCAGAAGACUCGCAGGUGUGUAAGGGAGGCGGGUGCAUCAAUUAGCGAGACGCCCAGUCCACACUGAAAAAGGGAACAACAAAAAGGGAGAGGCGACACCGUGGACAAGCAAUGCAUCCUAACAUUUACAAACUCAAAACAAAGCAGUGUUUGUGCUUUUCAGUUUUGCAAACUUUGUGAGCGGCAGUGGUAGUGUUUAGAAAUUGUGCCACAACAAGCACUGUUUGAGUUAAAGCAUUCAGGGAAAAAAAAUGAAUUGGUGGUGCCACGGUGUCCCGCCCAAAACGCCAGGUAGCGCUGCGGAACAGAUGUACCGUAACUUGAACGGUGCUACUGGGUUUGGGUCACUUUGAUCAACUGGGCAUCAUCGUAGUUGGCUUGUGCGCAGUCACACUUUUCAUAGCUCCCCCCCAAAAACCCUUGGCAGUCAGACCAGCCCAGAGAAAAUCUUACUCUAAAUGGCCCGAGCCGCUCUAUGAGUUUAAGUCCCAUACAUUGAUCUGCAAUUCUGCAUCAUGUCCAGCGGUUUGUUGGUGAAAAACGUGGAGUCACUGAGCCUCGAUUCGGGCAUCGCGGCUCGGUAUCCCUGCCGUUCCCUCAGGCGGUCUUCCUUUGAUAGGCUGAGUCAGAAUCAGCAGGGUCACACCGUCUCCUUCUCCAGCAGAAACGGAAGUUGGGACACGGUGAGCACGCUUCCAGAAGAUGCGACGGACUGGGUGGCCAAAUGUCCCAUCCUACCCGAACUCGAAGAGUAUCCAUGGACCGAGCAGGAGCUGAGAGAAGUCGUGCACAAGGCAAUCGGUUCGGAUGAUGCGUUCACAGUAGAAGCAGUCCGCCGACUUUCCGUGCUGCUCGGGAGGGCUUUGGUGCGGAUCUCCAGAGAAGCACAGCGGCUGAGUGAGCUCCACAAACGAUGCACACGGCAGGAGGUGCAGAGCGCCGUGAGACUGGUGCUGAGCUGGACUUUGGCCGACAAGUGCAUUUUCUCCGCGGUGAGGGCGGUGUCCCUGCACUGCAUGAGCUCCGGGGACACCGUGCGUCAGCUUGGCAAAUCCGCGCGGUGCGGUUUGUCCCUCUCGGUCGCUCGCUUCUUCAGAUGGAUGGUCGAAACGCGUGUGUCGGUGCGCGUACACGACUUCGCCGCUGUCUACCUGACGACAUGUGUUGAACGUUUAGCGGAGGAAGUCGCGGGUCGUGCGUUGCAGGCAGCCGGGUUGACCCCCACAUUGAGUGAGGAGAGGGCCGGCAGCAUCAUCUGCUAUCCGAUCACCGCCGAGAUGCUGGAAGCGUCCGUCAACAACGACACGGAGCUGUGGGGGCUGCUGCAGGUCUACGAACAUCUCAUCUGUGGCAAAAAUGCAAAUGGUGAGAUGUCAUUGCCAGCUCAUGUCAAGCCUUCCAAAAUCGUUCCUGAGGUAUCGCUGGAGAGCCAGGAAGACACAUAUAUUCAGAUGGAGCUGCGGAUGUUGGAACACGCCCUGCUUGUCACCUGUGUGGGCAGCAUUGCAGAACUCAGUGAUCUGGUGUCUCGAGCGAUGCACCACAUGCAGCGUCUACGAAGUUCAACUUCUUCCAUUAGUCCUCCUCGCUCAGCCAAUCAACUCUCAGUGUGCUGGGCCACUGAUUCCCUUCGCACACUCUACUACUUCCUGUCCAGCCAGCAGAUGGAAUCACUGGAAAAUCCAAAUGUCGAACUUCCAUUGAGGAUGUUGAGAAGAGAGAGGCCAUUUUUGCUGCGUCCACCUCUCAUUGAGUGGAUUCGUGUGGCUCUGGUGCAUGCUGAACAUCGUUGCAGCCCGAUAGUGGAUAGCGAUGAUGUCAGACAGACAGCCCGGCAGCUUCUACCUGGAUUGGACUGUGAACCAAGACAGCUUAAGUUGGAGUAUUGUUUACAGUCAUUUAAGUGUCUAGGUGCAGAAGCGGCUUCCAUGAAGUUCCAGAUGGAUCUAGGCUUUAAAAUGCUGUCGUGUGGCAGAGCAGAUCUAAUCCACACAGCCACACAGCUUCUGGGAGCUCAGGGAGUUGAUACCAUGGAUGAUCAGGGAAUGACUCCUUUGAUGUACGCUGCGUCUGGAGGAGACGAGGCUCUGGUGCAGAUGCUCAUAAAUGCUGGGGCUAACUUGGAUUUGCAGGUCCCCAGCUGCUCUGUCAGAAACCCAUCUGUCCACCCCAGCAGUCGACACUGGGUAGCUCUAACUUUUGCUGUGCUGCACAGUCACCUGUCUGUCACUCAGCUAUUGCUGGAGGCCGGAGCCGAUGUGGAGGGUGCAGUCCUGUUGGAUGGGAGGGAGAACUCUGCUGAGACGCCGCUGCAGCUUGCUGCUGCUGCAGGUCACUAUGAGAUGGUGAGUUUAUUGCUCAACCAUGGAGCAGAUCCUUUGCUCAGAAUGCAUCAUGGGAGCUCUUUACCAUCACCUCUGUAUGAGGAGAUGAACUGCUUCAGCUAUGCGGCUGCACACGGACACCGAAACGUUUUGAGAAGACUGCUGCUCCAACCACAGCAGAGGAAGGAGGACAUCCUUUCUCUGGAGGAGAUCCUCGCUGAAGGAGUAGAGGAGACACCCAUUCCAAUGGGGUUUCCUGUUCCCGACUGCUCAAAAGCCAUCCCGAAACUAUGUAAGGCCAGGAUGAAAGCCCUUCAGCAAGCAGCAUACUACAGUGCAGAGCAUGGUUACCUGGACAUUACCAUGGAGCUACGAGAAAUGGGUGUGCCCUGGAGGCUUCACAUCUGGCUGGAGUCCCUCCGCAGAGCUCAGCAACUGUCCCGGGAUGAAGUCAUCAUUUCUCUCCUAACAGAAUUCCGCUCCAUAAGAAGCGAGGACUACACCCCCGAACUGGUGUCAAAGGGCAUUCCGCUCAUGUUCAACAUGCUUGAAAACAGUAAGGACUAUGUUAUAACCAAAAGGCUGGCGUCUGUUAUUUCUCAUUGCUACGGCUUUUCCGCUGUUCCUGCCAUCCCACCGAUUGACGUCACACAGUCAACACAACUUGAUCUUCAUUUCCUGAAUAACCGUGAAAUGUCUGAUGUAACGUUCAUGGUGAAUGGACGCCCAUUCUUUGCUCACCGGGUGUUGUUGAUGUCGGUUUCGGAACGGUUCCGACAAAUUCUGAGCAACUCCCUUGACAACGUCAUCCACAUCAGUCACAUGACCUACAGCAUUUUUCAGACAAUGAUGAGAUCUCUCUAUUGUGGCGGGACCGAGGGGCUGACUGUCUCACUUUCUGAAGCCAGGAAGCUGUUGCCUGCUGCCAGGUUCUUCCAGCUUACAGGUCUGCAGAGAUACUGUGAGAUAAAGGUGUCACAAAGCCUGACUCUGGAUAAUGCUGUUGACAUCUACCACACCAGCAAGCUCCACAGAGCCGGUGACCUGUACAGGUUUUGUGAAGGAUUCUUCCUAAAGAACAUGGAGCAGCUACUGAGCAGGGAGGACUUCCAUCGCCUGCUGUUCUGUGCGAGUGGGCAGGAGCAGUUCUGCACAAGGACGGGCAAGUGGUAUAGUCUGGGACUGGACCAGAACCAGGAUGGCCUCCUUAAGAAUCUGGAGGCAGCACUGAUUAACAGACUUUACUUUCUCCAUACUGGUUGUCGCGAGUAGAACCAUCAUGUUCUUGAACAUACCAUAUCGUAUGGGAAAACGAACUGGCGAGAUGAUGCAUGACUGUGAUUCUACUUACGCUUUGGAUAUAUAUUUUUCUUACUCUCUUCACAACUUUUUAUCUCACCAUUUAAUGUUGAUCCCUGUCAGGCUGGUGUUUUGUUAUGGAAUAAAAAUUGAAAACAA